CAACGUUAUGUUGCUACAGGUGAUACGAACAAUAAGGGGAAUAUAAACAACCCUAUGAUUAGUCGUUAGAAUAGAAACCUUGACGAAUUACUCAUUGAAUACACGCGGAAACCAUGGAGAAUGAUGUGGACGAAGUCGACGCUAAUCCACGUAAUCCUAGCAAUGUUCGGAUUUCAAUAACACGGGCAUCAUUUUCGGAAGAAGAAGGUGAACCCAGCGACCCAGAUUUCACUCGAACGCGAUCAGAUUCAGACAGUAGUAUUGACGAGAAAGAAAUGGAGAAAAUGAUGCAGGAAGAUGACAACAACGAAAAUGAACAGUUACAAAACGGAGUAGGAGGAUCAGAUGGACAAUAUGGCGGUUCUUCCUACGUCAAAAACUCAAGGACGUCUGAAGAAGACGAAGUCAGAAAAGCGUUCGAAAAUGGCGUGACGUUGAGUGAAGAUGGUGAAUCUUCCUCAGCAAGUGAAAGGCGUGCAACCCAAGGCGAAUCGAGUGAAUCACCGGAAAGUCGAAACAUGGAAGACUCUCAGGAAUCACCCGCGAAAAGUCCAGCUAUGGAAAUGAUUGGAGACCGUGUUCUUAUAGAACGUGACGGUAAAUUCGAACUGGUCGAUGUGAGUGAAAUCAAAGCCGAGUACUAUGACAUGUUAGGGAUAUCAACUGACACAGCAAAUAGUAAGGAGGCCGAAAAAACCGAGAGCGAAGGAACCGCGAGCGACGCAACGGAAAAUAUUUCAAAGGACAUGGUAGAAGAAAAAUCUGUACCGAGAGCGAGACCAAAAACAACAUCAGUGGACGAACUUCAUCGACGAAAUGAAAAGAAAAGAACUACUCGAAGUUCUGAAAGAACUCGCAGUCAGAGCGCGAAGGCUGUUCGACAAAAAAACGACGAAUAUUCUCAUAUUAAAUCUCCAUACGCAAUGACUGAGCAACAACUCGAAAUUAGAAGAAAAUGCAUGGAAGCGAAACGAAGAAGAGAGAAAGAAGAAGAGGAAAGAGAAAGAGAAGAACAGCAAAGAAGGAGAGAAGAUGCAGAUAGAGCAUUCCAGGUGUGUGUUCAGUAACGUAUUAAUUUAUAAGUAAACCUAAGUAGAAGCUGUGGGUGCAUGCUGAUCAGAUCUUCUUGAAUCGAACAUUCGUGACUACUGUUAACACGACAAGGAAUAUUGGCUUUUUUAUGACGUCCCUGGCAUGAUUAGUCUCGCAAUUUUGGGUGAACGCUUUAUAGUUGAAGUAUAAAAAUCUAUUAACACCUGAUGUGUCAAGAGUACAUUGUUCGUUGAAUUGUAAGUGUUGAACACUUAUUUUGUUGACAAAAACCUUACGUUUAUGUUGAAUAAUCAAAUAUGCAUCAAGAUCAUUAACCAUAUGAGGUCCUCAGGUCGUGCUAUUUUUUAAUGACGUUUUAGGUUGAAACGCUUCAUUUUCCUUUGACUGAGUGCCCACUAUUUUGAAAAGUUAAAGCAAGAAUAGAAAUGCAUAUAUUUUUCACCAAAAUUUAGUUCAAAAUGAUUGGCUAAACUUAACAAUACAGUCAACUCCCAUUUAUUGGGGACACCCUUGAUACCGCAGUUUAGUGUCCAUAUGUAACGAGAGUCCGUAAUAACAGGGUGUGAGAAAAAAUUCCUUGAUAUUAGAGGAUAUUGUACAUUGUCUCUAGAACCAAUUGCAGUGAAGUUUUCACAUUUAAAGAGCAUCAGAACUUUUUUUGCAAACGAAACAAAUCGUAACAGAAAAGAAGUUGCAGCUCCCUUUUGUUCACCACAACAGUCACUGAAAAAUUUGAAGUAACAUAAAAACCAUAAAGUACGGUACUAGAAAUCCAAUUUAUGUACAUUAUGUACAUCUUGACAGUUUUUUGCAAGUAAGCACGGUAGUUUCUUAGAAAGAUCAUGUUAAACUGGAAUCAGAAAUAUGUUCACUUUUCAACCAAAGUGGCAGAGACAAAGAGAAAAAGAGGAAGAAGUAAAUUAUAAUUUGAGAUAAUUCUGCCUAAAUGUCAAAAGAUGCUGAUUGAUGUCCGUUAUAAUGAGAGUUAGAACAAUAAAAUAGUGCUGUCGGGACCGAGAGAGGUGUCUGUAAGUCCGCAAUAGCGAGAUUCCGUAAUAGCGGGAGUUUGUUCCAGUCAAAUAUCUGUAAUUUUCGCCAGCAAUUCAGGAGCUGUCUGUAUUAGUGAUGUUGGACUCCAUAAUAGCGAGGUGUCCGCUAGGCGUGGGUUGACUGUACCUGGCCACCGAAAUUUUCCCCAACAUCCCCUGCUACCGCAGUCUGCAGUCAGGAACACUAGAUCAGUUCUGCUACCACAGUACCAUGGUCUGCACUCCAGUGAAGCGAAACAAGCAUGAUAUACAUGUAAUAUAUAAUGACCUCAUUCUUUAAUCCACAAAUCCCUGCCAACUAAGCCAGUUUAAAAGGGGCAGCCAUUCUGCUAAACUUAUUAGUUGGUGACUUUGGGACUGCAAACUGCGGUGUGACAGCCCAUUUAACUGCUUGUAUUCAUAGACUUCAGGAAGGCAUUCUGCAAUAGAAGUUUGUUUCAACAUUUGUGUAAGUUCACAGUCAAUAGUGACCUUAUGCCAGAGGCGGAUCCAGGAUUUUUUUUUUAGGAGGGGGUGCACUCGUCUCUUGCUCUACUUCAACACCAAUAAACCACAUUUUUUUUUAGGAGAAUACCAGUUGUAUUAGAAAACCGCAGGUCAUCUCAACAGGGGGGUGCACACCCCCUGCGCCCUCCCCCUAGAUCCGCCCCUGUAUGCAAGAGGAAUGGAGAGGAGAGAAGACGGCAAACCUUGUGUGACAAACGUGACAAUAUUAUUAUAUGUGAAACAACUUUUUGCCAAACUUUCACUUCCCUUUAAACAGAUCUUUUUGUAAAAGAAGGGAGAAUGUAACACACAAUAAAAGUUACUCUUGUCAUGCACAAGUGUUUUGCCAUCCUCUUCUUCCUGCUGUCCUGUGGUUGUGUAAACUCACUAACAACCUCGGGAUUAAUUGAAAUCACCACUUGUCUGAAUUCACAGUCAACUACUUUGGAACUGCAGACCUUGGUAGCAGGUGAUUUCAACACUUGUUUAAAAUUAAACCAAAGCCCACUACACGACCAUGGAGCAUGGUUUAAAGUGCCUAGGUGGUUAGGUAUUCUCAAGUUACUCCAAAUUAAAAUGUCAUCCAGGGGAGGUCAUGUGGUGGUACCCAGCAGAAAAUGCUUAAAACAAAAUAUAUAGAUUGUCAUGCAGUUCCCUUCAAUAUAUUUAAAAGUUAAGGAAGCACUGAUACUGUAGCCAAUGCUAUUUAUGAGCUGAGCAAAGUACUGAUUUAUAAGAACCCUUUACAUCCUGGUACAACAGUGUGCAAAGGUCAUGUCCGAUAGCCCAGGCUUGGUGGAUUUUGUUUGCAGGCAUGUGAAUUCUGUUCUGCCUAACAGGCAAGUGAUGUUUUCAGGGGGAGUUCAAAUAACAGAAAAACUGUAAUCAAUUAAUUUCAUAAAAUUUUUUUUGGCUAGUUAAAAUGACUUUGGGCUAGUAAAUGCUGGCUAUAUAGAUAACACUUCACUAGAAUUAGAGGCUAUCCUGCAAAUACUGCCAUCUCUCCUUGCCGCAAGAGACAUUUUGCGAGAAAGACAUCUGUGCUUCAGCAACAGAAAUUCCAUACUCUUGACGUAAAAUCUGUCCAGAAUCUGGUCAGGAGCUCUGAUUAGUUGAUGUAGUAGUUGAACUGACUUUUUUCAACUAUUGCUUGUGAAUGACAGUCAAAAGACAAAAGGCCACAAAACUGAAAUGUAAAUUCGAUGAAUGUCCAAAAAAAGUCAAUGUUAGUAGAAUUUUAUUCUUCUUUAGAAGUAUUCGAGUUUUGCUGGAGCUUGCUUCCAGAAGGAUGAAAAACUUAACCAUAAUCGACCAGGAGAAACAUAAAAGUGAACAAAGUAACAUUUGAACUCCGUGACCAGCUGUUUAAUAUGUAAACAUUAAUUUAUGUCAUCAGCAUGGAAUUUCUGUUGCUGAGACAGGCAUCUUUCCUGCGUAAUGUCCCUAGCAGCGAGGAGAAACGGCUGAUGUAUGUGCACGCUACAUGUACCUUUGAGCAAGCUGUAAAACUGACUUUCUUUGCAUCCUAGUGUAUAGUACUGAAUCUUGCCUCUUUUUACAGGCAUGGUUGUAUGCUAAAGUAGAAGCAGCACAUCAGGCCAGGUUAAACCAGCCAGAUCCAAGUAUAGAAAAACAGAAGAAAGUAGAAAGACUUAAAGAGGCAAAUACUGCAUACACUGAAUGGCUAGAAAUGAAAAGAAAACAAGACAAAGCUUUACAAGAAGUGGAAGGGAGGAGAAGAGCUGAUGAAGCAGCCCAGUAUGCAAUUCGAGAUCGGCAACUUUGCGAUGAAGCUUUUAGAAGGUAACCAUGGAAACCUACUCCCCUAACUUUUCUUAAUCUACUCCUAACUUGUAAAUAUUCAAAUCCUGGGGUGGAUACUCUGUAUGAUGGACUUUACGGGGAUGCUGCUGAAAGGAGCACAACUUAUGUACCCUUUUCAUGCAUGAGCUAUACUAGGUACUUCUAAAUGCUGGUAAGGAGAGGGGGAAAACUGCUAUUCACUAUAAGGUAUUAAAAUGGGUCUUUCAAAGUAUCUCAAAGAGAUCCACCUGAGAGAUGGUCUGUUAAGCAUUUGGAGAGGUUACCAGUAAUCAGUUGUUAGCAGAGUUCAUUUCCAUUUUGUGUUAACCAAAAUGCUUCUUUAGUAGGUAUUUGAGUUCCUUUUUGGUCUAAAGGGUAAUUGUGCAAAAGUGAGGGGUUGAAUCUUGGAACAGAGCAUUAUUGUUAAGACUUGGGGGCAGACAAGCCAAGUGGUCAGCACAUCAGACUCACGAGUACUCAUACAGGUUCCAGUCUCACCCUCAUGACACAAGCCUUAAACAGGUUUUCUUAAUAGUCCAAAUUUUCAAUCCUCUGUCCUCAGUCUAGUCUUGCUACAAGUUGACCUCUCAGAAGUUCGUAAAAGUGAGUGAAGCAAGCUUCAAUAUCGCAUGAGGUCGUGCAGUGAUCAAGCGAGCAACAAAGUUUGGUGAUUGACCUGAUUGGUCAAUUGAUGUUAUGUCUGUUACUGGAAGUCUGUCAGUCAACCUGUGAUGUUAUCGGCUAUGAAGACUGGAAAUGUCAUUGGUGGAUUGAUUAUUUGAGUGGAGACCUUUUCAUUUGUAAAAUAUCUAACGCAGCAAAUUUGCACUUCUAUUAUAGACAAAGAUUUACAUAAUUUUUUCUUUCCCCAAAAUUAUUGCCUUUUCUGUCCCAUCAGAAACUCAUAAGGGGUUGAAUCAACCCCUUAUGAGUUUCUGGUCCCAUCCAAAUAAUUACUAAUUUUUUGUAAUAUCCAUCUUUGUUAGCUUGUUCUAGCCCAUUAUAGAGCCAUGUGUAUGUAUACAGUUUUGUGAGAUUUUUAUCUUAAGGCCUGGUUCAAACAUCGAAUUUCACAUGUGCCAAAUUUAACUCCUAUUUUAGUUGACUGAAAUAAUUAGACAUGUAAAUACGGCAGUUGAUUUAAUAAUUUAAACAUGGAAUAUAAUGAUGCCGAGUUUAACAUCAUUUCAAGUUGUAAAUAUUCCUCAUCUCUAAAACAACUUGUUAUCCAGUAUGGAUAGUAGUUUCUUAAUUCUAUAAUUACUGUAUUACAUUCGACAUAAUGUGAAAUGCGAUGUCUGAAUCAAAUGUCGAGACUAUGACAGAUCUUCUACUGUUUCAGUUUCAGGUUUGGCAAAGUCAUAUUUAAUUUGAAAAGGUCAAAUUUAAGUGAUUCAGACGUCACUUCCCACUUGCAGUUACAAUGUAAUUCUUGAGUUAAAUUUGGCAUAUGUGAAAUUCAACGUUUGAACUUGGCCUUAGUUAUGUGUGUGAUUAUAGUUUAUUCUAAUGUGUGAUUAAUGGUAACAGGUGGCUAAGAAAAAAGAAACAAGAAGAAGCAGCUAAAAAUGCAGCAAAGAAGAAAAAGAAACAACCAAAACUGAAGAGAAAAGAGCCGCUUCCACUCAACUCACAUAAGAACAGGUGAAUAUGAAACUUUGAUUAAUUGUUUAGAACUGAUUCUCCUAAGUAACAUAGCCUGCGUAGCAGGCGUCGAAAGGAGUAGGGGGUAGGGGGUAGGGGAUAGGGAGGAAGGGAAAGAGGGGAGGGGGAUUUGGAAGAGGGAGAGGGGACCCUUCCCUUUUUCCCUUUCUCCCUCCCCCUCCCCCUCCCCCUCCCCAUUUUGCGCCUGUCACGCAGGCUAAAGUAACACCUCUUAGACAUGACCAUGUACCUCCCUAAAAAGGAUGCCUAGAGUUGAUCUCUGCCUUCUCUGACUCUUUAUAAGGGGCUAUUAACAUGAUACUGGAAUGACUGUCAUUCCAGGGGGGAAACUCUGAUAUAUGGACUAGAUACGUAUAUGCUGCCCUAUAGGGUAUAGCUUUUGAGGAUCUCGAUCCUUAAAAGGGUAUCAUUUUUCCCAUUUUGGCAUUGUCUUCCCAGUGUGAUCGUUUGAUAGGGUACUCAAACUGUAUCAGCUAAAAUACAAGUGUGUAUUUGUGCAGCUACAUAAGAAACAAUUCAUCUGUUAGAAUGGUGAAAGCGAUUUAAUAAAGGUUUGUGUAGCUGUUAAAUUCUUUUCUUUUGUUUUUUCCCUCGAACAGGAAGUCGUGUUCGGUUUUGAGCCUUACUUAGGGUGCCAAUUUUUGUUUGUUUCAACUUUAGUUAAAUAGGUUCGGAGUUUAAGACCCUGGGCAGCACACACACACCUAUCAGAAAUUUAUGGGAGUGCUUUUUAAUAGUAUAAAGCCCCGUAGCUAAACGAUGGUAGAUUCAUCACAUGCUCUACACGGCGACGGCAAACUUACUCAGGGGCCCAAAGUACUAAAGCACGUUCAGGUUGUGCACAGUUCUGAAUUUCCAGGAUAACAUGCUACAUUCGUCAUUACCUUGCUUUUUUGUUUCAAGAGUCCUAGAAAAUAUCCUGAUUUGUUAAUAUUGUUCUUCUGUUGGAUGCAUUACAGAUACUACGAAUACUAUGGCUACCGAAACACUGUAGUACUCUGAUGCCACCUCAAUAGAGGGUGUCGAAAGAAUUCUACAGUUUUCCCUUCAUGACUGGCAUAAUAUCCUCAAGAAAAUGGUUCCUCUGUCAAAACCUCGACAGAUGGCAAAUCGAAGUGUGACAGAGAAAACACUCUAAAUUAAAAGCGACGAUUGCGGAUGUCUGCUAAAACGUCGAAACAGAAUGAAAGAACGAGUCUAUACAAGAAAAUAACAAGAAGAUCGUAAUUGGGGUUAUCGUAAGCCGUUACUCGGCCAAAAUGUUACAUGUUAAGUUGUAAAAAGAAUUUACCGUGAAAAAAGUUUAUACUAAUAGCAUUGCCGUUUUGAAAGUGUCAGGAUAGGUUGCUAAGAUUUCUUUGUUUCUUUUCGUGAUCCUUUUAUUUUUCAUCUCGUAUUGGUCCCAAGAGACCUUAGAUCUGAAACGUGCUUUAUAAAUUAACUUGUUAGUUUUAAAACAAUUUUAAACUAUCCUUAUAUCGUAAUGGAAAGAAAUUAACCACUGGUGGUGUAAAAGCCAAAAUAAGAAAUAAAAUUACAUUUGAGUAUUAAGGCCACACCCCGUUUAUAAGUUGUCAGAUUCUGUUGCCAUCCACUGAACAUGAUUUACGGUUGUUUUGCCUACAACUCGUUUCGCCAACGUUCUGUUCGCUAACGUAUUAAGUCGUUUCGCAAAAGUGCUAGGUCAGUCCCCCAACUUCAUUAACCUAAUCAUUGGCUAAAACAACGAGUUGUACACUAUGUAUUAGACUUUUACGAAUUAUAGCGGAAAGAGCGAGGUAUAUACAUGUGUAGCGCUCGUUUUGUUUCGUAAGGGAAACGACUUAAGCUGUUUGCGAAAGGGACGAUGGCGAAACAAGGCGUUGGCGAAAUAACCGGU